AUGGAGCGGGCAGGGCAGGUCGUUCUUUUUACGAUCUUUUUGGCUUUCUUAGAGCUGGUCACUGCAGGUUCCAUUGACAACUUUUGCGAUCAUGGCGAGGCCAAAGGUGGACCUGGACAGACCAGUUCUAAUGCUAUACUCCGUUUGAACUUUGCUGGGAGAUUUUUAGCCGACACCUCCACCUACAACAACGACCCGCAAAACUUCAACAUCAGCACGUUUGAUCCCCGGAAAAACCCUGAAUGGAACCCGAAAGGAACCGGUGAUUUCCGAUUGAUCGACUGUACAGUGACGCAAGUCUGCCUGGCGGACGGACAUUGUGUCCAGGACGACUCUGUUGUUGGUCAGCCAAUCAUAGGCUCAAACAGCACCGCUGCAGGCAAGUUGGUGGACCCGGAUACAGAGCACCAGUAUCAGUCUCAGCUGUGGGGUCUGGUGGUCGGCGUGGACGGCUUCUUCAAAGGGGACUUCACCCCGAGGUCAUUCAACCACCUACACGACUCGUGUGAGGGAUCGGAGUGCUGUACGGUGAAUCUGGAUACCAGGCGUGCUGCGGUCUGGGUUUCGACUCUACAGAACGUGGAGUGGAGCGAUGGGUACCUGGCGAAACACUCCGACUUCAUCCAGCAGACCAAGUCCCUCCGCUGUCUGCCUGGGUUUAAGCUAUACGUCAAACUCAACACCCGCUACUUGAUACAUGCAUCAGAGUCCCCGGACUUUUCGUUUGGCCGCGUGGUUGGGACAAUCUAUGCAGCAGUGUCGAGUACUCCUCUUCCUUAUGGCCCGUACAACAGAAUGUUGUGGAAAACCAGCGGACCUGGCGAAGGAGGCCACUUGCCGCUGUUUGUUGACAUGAACAAAAAGAACGUAGUGUUGGAUUUUGGCAACAGCGUGACUUUUGACAUCAAAGGUAACGUGGUGCUACAUUCAGGAAAACGCCUGCAUCUCGUUCAAUACAACACUACGAAACGACGAUGCGAGCUUCUGAACAACGAGGCGUACGACUUGGGAGAAAUCAGGCUGGGUGGAAACGACUGGUUUCAGAGGACUGCAGGCAUAGUCGUACUUUCCGUAACUUCCGAGGCAAUGAAAACAAUCGGGAACGCUCCAUUGGCGGUUAUUCAACAAAUAUCCUCAACGCGAUGUGAGCCAGUGUUUGAGGAAAGACCAGAUGGCUUGUUCGUUGAGGCCAUUGGCAAGCGUGUUGCUCGGCAAGAGCCCGACACUGAAUGGACCAUGAAGUUUCGCGCUUUCCAAUUUGGCAAGUCUGCCGAACAGGUUUCCGUCCGCACCAGUCUAAAAUUUCCACCAGAUUGUUUCAAACCAGCUAUAAAAAUUAUCAGCAGUCAACCAUCUGACAUCAACGGCAUUUCCUCGAUAACGUUCCGGUCCACUGAUCCUGGGGAGCCUAGGAAAGAACAGCAACUAGAUGGCCAGAUAUACCUGUACGAUCUAAUUGUCAAGAAAGGAGCCGACGGAAUAGAAUUCAAGGUUCAGGACUUCAAUAUGUCAGUCCACCUGUAUUCACAGUACACUUUUACCCCUGGUGAAGUGACCUGGUACGAACAUGUCUACCCGAUAUUCCAACAGUACGCCAAUCUCUAUCCCGUCAUGAAACCCAUAAUCAACCUUGCGAGCUACGAGGAUGUUACUAGAAAAAGGAAAUUACUAAAAUGCUCUCUUACUCUUCCUGAAACGGACCCAAACCACAUGCCAGUGACCAGGGACUUGUCUCCACAAAAACGAAAAAUGAUUUUAUCCUGGUUAGACAACAUAGACCCAUCCACAAAUCUGCCCAAAAUGGGUACGGCCACCUACACCUUAGGUGAUCUAAAAAAGACCCUGCAGAUAGCUGUACAGCUAGAACUGUCCACCAUUCCCCCCUAUCUGAGUGCGCUGUUCUCUAUUAAAGAUGGCGACAAUAAAGAGGUAACGGCUCUGUUAAGAAGUGUCGUUGUCGAUGAGAUGAAACACAUGGCUCUGGUUGCCAACCUUCUGAACGCGAUUGGCGGUGCGCCAUAUUUGAACAAGCCGUCUGUAGUACCGUUCUAUCCAGCACCCCUUCCGGCGGGAGCCAACCCUGGUCUUGUGGUGAAGCUUGCAAGAUGCUCUUUAAACCAGAUUCGAACCGUUUUUCAGGGGAUAGAGAAGCCAGAUUGUGAACUAGCGAAUUCUAACGUAGUGCAAUAUCUUCGAACUCAUAAACAACGUCUCAAAAAGCACAGCAAUGGCAAAUCUGACGGCGAGUUCAUGGAAACCUGGGCGGAAAUCAAUCGACGGUGCAAUCAGACAUCGGCAAGGCCUCAGACCAUCGGUGCCAUCUACAUAUAUCAGAUUCUCUGUCCCAUGGUUAAACUACAGACGGAGCUCGUGAUACAAGAGAAAACUCUGUUCAUUGGUUCAAGGACCAAGCAGAUAACUAGUGACCAAUGGCUUAGCAAUGUGGACAGUUCCCCAUUUGCGGUGCAUGAUCUUCGCAGUGCAGUGGCUGCCAUAGUGGACAUCGCUAGCGAAGGCGAGGGGAGUGAUCCUUGCGACCCGUUGGACGAAAGGGGCGAGGUCUCACACUUCUUCAAGUUUGCUGAGGUGGUUCACGGAAGGAGGCUGAUGGAGACAGGCAGAGAUAACUCAUCAUUCGGCCAGUGCUUUGACAACUUUUCCCCAUGUAAUGAAGAGAUAAAGUGUGACAAGACAUUCAGCUUUGUUGGACGAAUGGUACCUUUCUAUGAAGACGGCGUCUGGCCUACCAUUUCUAACCCUCGCACCGAGAGUUACCCUCAAGAAUCGCAGGCUCGCAGAUAUUCAGACAACUUCAACAAGAUCUACACAGGCCUGCUGAUGUGUAUCCAUGAAGCCUUUAACGGAAAACCCAACAAGAUGAAGGACUGUAUGGGCAUGAUGUCGUCUCUUACUGCCUGGGGUAACAAGCUGGUACAGACACCAAUAGACCCGGCUGGGGAUCCCGAGGUUGGACCAAACGCCGCACCAACCUUCGAGUUUUACGACAAAGUUGAUUAG